UUUGUUGUUUUAACCAACCCGAGACCCGACCCAUAUAGAAAGAAUGGAAGAACUCUUACUUCCUUUCCCACCAAACAUCGUUAACAACGAGAGGCGCACAAACAAAAAGCCACUAAGAAACCUCAAAAAAAUCUCAUUUCUCCGAUUUCGUCAAUGCUCUCUGACAAAUUUUGAAUUUACUUCAAAACCCAUUUCUCCAAUUCCAAGGUUUUCAUCAAAGAAACUCGCUUUGUUGUUUAUUUUUAUUUUUAAAAUUUGGGAUAUAAUGGAAUCUACCAUGAAAAUUUCGUAUUCAGUAAUAUUUCCCAUAAAUUCAACACCAAAAUUGAAUAGUUGUAACAAAAUUUCAUAUGGGUUUGGAUCCAAUGGAAGCCACUCCAUCUCCAAAAUCUGCGCCGUUUGCUCCAAUGGCUCUGUUUCUGCCUCUGAUUCUCAUAGGGCUGAGUCAAGGGUGGGGGAAGGCUCACACAGACGAAGAAGCAGUCUGGAAUCUCUAUUUUGUUAUGAUAAGCCUAUCCCUGAGGAACGAAUUGAAGAACCAGUUGGGGUAUCUUUGGCUGAAAAAAUAGUUGGAGAUAAUCCCCACUGCACUGAUUGUCGGGCCAAAGGUGCCGUCCUUUGUAUCACUUGCUCUGGUUCUGGAUUAUAUGUGGACCCAAUAAUGGAGAGCCAGGGUAUCAUUGUCAAAGUCCGCUGCCUAGGUUGCGGAGGAUCUGGCAAUAUUAUGUGCUCAGAAUGCGGUGGCCGAGGUCAUCUAGGACCCAAAUAACUUGUGGUUGCCCUCUCUACCUUUAUCCGUAGCCUUUUUAUACAAAAUUUUAAGUUAAUUUAUUCUAGUCAUGUAAUUUGGUUACAGAAUUCAGUGUCCUAUUUUGGUAAUUCAAUGGUAAAAUAUAUUAAAUUAAUGUAUCUGACUCAUGCAAUUUUCAUUUUAAAAUCGCUUUGGUAUAUAUGUUAAUUGAUCCGGAGCUGCAUUUGCUUUAUGGUGAAAUGUUUGGUUCUGUAGAUUAUUUCAUGGAUACAUUGAAUCAUCAGAAAACAUAAACGCCAUAGCAUAAAUAAUGCGUUGAAACAGGGCAGCAGUGGAAACUAUGUCCAUUAGGUGGAUUCUUCUAUUACAUUGAAUAUUAUCUGUUGCCACAUCAAGCUUGCUUUCUUUUUGUGUAUAAUGAGAAAAGAUUUCAUUUGAAAUGUAGUCCAUCUGAUGCUACAAAUUUACAACAGUAAUGUCUGGAAUUUACAGAGAAUAAGUUGU